AUGGAGCUGGGUAUCUAUGAUAACAAUUUGACUGCUGAUUCUGUAAUUGCUUUACGUAUUGCUUUUAAAUUCUUUAUUGAUGGGGGAUCGUAUGAAAUGGAUUUUAAUGGUUUCCGUCAAAAUAUUUAUGGUCUUUUCAAUGUGAAUGAUACAAUUAAAUCUCUCGCAAAAUUUGAAUAUAUCAUGAACCUUAACCAUGUAAUUCAGAGCAUUCGCUUUUUUAGGAAUCAUAUCUGGAAUCCAUCUAAUUUCUUUGACAGUAUUGUGAACAGGACAGAGAAAGUGUUGAAAGAUAAUGAAAAGUCACUAACUUAUGAAGCCAUUGUAUUUAAAAAUGCUGCUUCAGCAGAAUUUGGUGAUUUAUUUGUUCGAUAUCGCAAACUAUACAUCUCCAGAGGUAUCUUUGGUACAGCAUUAAAAGAUUCACUACGGGAUUUGAAGCUUAAGCGACCAUUUCACUCACCUAAGGAUUUCAAAGAUAGAGUAGCUUUCAAAGAUAGAGUUUCUUUUGACAAUGAUGAUGGAAUUAAUGCAGGCUCUCGUAUGCAUGCUCCAUUUCAAAAACGUAAAGUUCUGCAAACUCGAGUUGCUUUUCAAACAAUCACGUGA